UGAAGACUUUUCAGGCUACUAGUGGAAGACGCAGUCAAUACGUUUAUUUUCCCCCCUAAGAGAAGGCAUGCAUUAGCAACAAAUGUAUGUAGUGCGUGAAGAAAGGGGCCAAAUUCUUUCUCUUUGCUGGUCCACAUGGAAGGUGAGUAGGAUUACCUCUAUGUACUCUUAUCAUCAGAGAACCUAGUUUAUAGUGAAAGAAUUCAGCUAGGCCACUGAUAACACCAAACUACAACCCUGUCUACAAGGUUUUCAAGUUUUUCCUACUCCAUUUUGCUAUGUCAGAGUUUAGUAUGCCUUCACAUCUAUUUGCUGUUUGCUUCCAUUUGUUUCAAUUAGUUAUCAUUCUUCAGUUAGCUCAAGGGGAAAGCAGUAGCCGCCAGUCUAGCUGCCCCAAACAAUUCACCUGCGGAAACCUCGGCAACCUGAGUUUUCCUUUCUCCAAUGUUUCGAGACCUGAAUGUGGGCUGUACACCUUAGAUUGUAACGCUACUCCAUAUCCAACAAUCACCUUGGGACAAAACCAAUAUGGAGUUCGAUUCAUUGGGGAUGAUUUCAUGAAGCUUUUUGACCCACUUCUUGGGAAACGAAUUUGCAACGUUUUCCACACAGGAAUCUCAUUUCCCAGCUCUCCUUCCAUCUCCUUUGAGUUCCUGUUUGCCAUGGAAGUUUACAAAUGCAAUCGCAGUUCAUCAAAUGUUAGCUUACAACAGAAGAUUGACCAUUAUUUCCUUGGAUACAAAAGCUAUAACAGCUGCCAAAACUUCAGCUUGUACUAUACCCAGGUGGAGAAUGAUACUCAACUAGUUGGCAGUCUACCUGCAGAGUGUUCAGUUAUUUACUUGCCGUUUGACAGAUCAUCCAGAGCCAUGGACUUGUUUGAGAGAUUAAAUUCUUCAAUGCUUUACCUACAAUGGAAGGUGUCUGAAGUUUGUACAGAGUGUCAUUAUAAUGAGGGGCAAUGCUUAACUGACACCCAUAACAAUUUUCAAUGUUUAGCAGAUGCAGGGAAAAAAAAGCCGUACAAGCUCUUUCUGAUCAUUACAGUUACUUCCGUUGUUGGGGUUACAAUGUUAAUGACUACACUUCUGUGUCUUUGGAGGAAUUUCUUAUACCAAAUAUCCAUGAAUUUUCUGAAAACUGAAAAUGAACGAAAUAUUGAAGUCUUUCUUAGAAACAAUGGAUCAUUCUCUCCAAAAAGGUAUACCUAUUUAGAAGUCAAAAGAAUUACUAAUUCAUUUCGAGAUAAGCUGGGUCAAGGAGGCUAUGGUUUUGUCUACAAGGGAGAGCUGGCUAAUGGAGAUUUUGUUGCAGUCAAGUUACUAAAGGAAUUAAAAGGUAGUGGGGAAGAGUUCAUAAAUGAAGUAGCAAGCAUUAGCAGAACUUCUCAUGUUAAUAUUGUAACAUUGUUAGGAUUCUGUGUUGAGGGCGACAAAAGAGCUUUGCUUUAUGAAUUCAUGCCUAAUGGAUCACUCGAAAACUUCAUUUAUGAUGGAAAAUUGAAGAUGGAUCGUCAAUUAGAGUGGUUAACAUUGUAUAAAAUCACUAUUGGCAUUGCUAAGGGACUAGAAUACCUACACCGUGGAUGUAGGACGAAAAUUUUACACUUUGAUAUAAAGCCACAUAAUAUUCUUCUAGAUGAAGACUUUUGUCCAAAAAUCUCAGACUUCGGUCUUGCAAAACUACACACAACAAAGGAGAGUUUUGUGUCAAUAACUGGUGCACGGGGAACAAUUGGAUACGUUGCACCAGAAGUUGCGUGCAGAAACUUUGGAGCGGUUUCUCAUAAGGCUGAUGUGUAUAGUUAUGGGAUGAUGGUACUAGAGAUUGUUAGUGGUAGAAAGAAUGUUGAGCAUGAUGUGGAUCGCAAUAGUGAAAUUUAUUUUCCGCAUUGGAUUUAUCGCCAGAUCGAACUUGAUAAAGAGUUAGGAUUGAAAGGAAUUAUGAAUGAAUUAGAUAAGGAAUAUGCAAGAAAGAUGGUUAUGGUGGGUUUGUGGUGCAUUCAUUUUGAUCCUUCAAUCAGGCCAUCAAUAAGUAUGGUGUUAGAAAUGUUGGAAAACAGUGCAGACCUUUUGCCAAUUCCUCCAAAACCUUACUUGUAUUCUUCCACACCAACGGAAGCAAAUUCUUCUACUAUACAUUAACCUUGGCAUUUUCUUAAUUUCAA